AAUGCAAGAAAUUAAACAAAUACCAUCAUUCCUAUAAAAAUUAUAUGAAAUACUUGAAGUAAUAGAAAAUUUGUUAUUGUUGAGUCUGAAUAAUCAGCUAUUGGUUGGAAUAAGGAUGGGACUACAUUUUAGAUUUUAGAUUCAUCAUUAUUGACAGAACAAAUAAUGCCUUAGUAUUUCAAACAUCGCAACUAUUAGAGCUUUCUGAGGUAAUUAAUCAUUAAUUUAAAGUUAGAUAACUCAAUAUGUACGGAUUUAAGAAACUUAAAAAUAAAUAGGGUAAAAGUGAAUUCUAACAUUCACAAUUCAAAAAAGGUCUCAAGUAUUAGAUAUGAAAUGUACAUUUAGGAAUAAUUUAUUAAAAAUCAAAAGAAGAAAUUAAGAUGAUAUUAAGCAAAGUUUAGAAUCUUUAACCAAAGAAUUCGAAUAAGAGUCUUAUCUAAACGAACAUGAAAAGCUUCGCAAGUAGCUUGUAGAAUUAUAUUCUAACUAAAGAUCUCUCCUUGAAGAGAUCAGACGUUAAAUGGAACGUAACAGAAAUCUACAACGAGAGACUUAGGAUAUUACUGAAGUAUAAACUAUUUUCUAUAUCAUAGAGAAUUAAUAUAGUUAAAAGUUAUCAACUUAAAAAAUUAGAUAAACUUAUAAUCAUCAUUUAGAAACUGCCUGAAGAUGCUCAAAUCAGUAAAAUGGCAUUAAUGAAGGAAAAAAUCCUGAGAAAAUUAGAACUUAUUGAAGCUGAAAAUAUUUGUAUGAAGGAGAUCUCUUUAGAAAAAUAAGAUUCUUCCAUGUAUUAAGAACCUAAUCUAACUGGAGUCAAGAGUCCUGCUGGAUACUCACCUAAAACUAAAUGA